AGAGAGAGAGAGAGAGAGAGAGAGAGAGAGAGAGAGAGAGCUCACGCUGGCUGUCUCCUAAUCCUAGUCCCAUCUCUAAGAAGUGGCGAAGGGAGCAGAGUGUUAGUGAAGUGAUCCUGAGCCAGCAUAGCCUCUUUUCUCCACCAGCUAGCACCACUUGCGUGCUCACACACACUUGCAACGGGAUUCCGCGGUGGGUCCGCCUGCCUGCCUGGUGUCCAGGUCUUUUGUGAGCGUGAGGGGAUUGUUGUACCUCCAGCCUCUCAGCCCAGACAGCCAGCCCACCCCCAGUGUGUUUGGGAGCAGGGUACCCCAGCCGGGACGUUUUGGGGGGCACAGGAGUCUGAAGAAGAGGAGGAGGAAGGGAAGAGGAGAGAGUACGUACCCUCAGAGUAGAGGAGUAUAGGAGUCAACGCUGGAAAUGCCCAUCAGGUGAGGCCAUCCUGGAACAACUUCUGGGGGUCUGAGCCUGUCACAGCCUUGGCCAAUCGCAGCCUGCGUUAGAGGUGGCGGCUGCAUUUGAUUGGAGGAUGGCGACCAUGCCGUUCGUCAGCGAGGGAAAGUGUGUGAGCGUGGAGUGGGACUUCCUACAGGGACUACUGGCCAAACCCCCCACCCUGCCCUGUUUGCAGAACCUGCGGAAGGAGAAGUCUCGUAAUGCAGCACGUUCCCGUCGCGGUAAGGAGAACUUUGAGUUCUUUGAGCUGGCCAAGAUGCUCCCUCUCCCUGGAGCCAUCACCAGCCAGCUGGACAAGGCCUCGGUCAUCCGCCUCACCAUCAGCUACCUGCACAUGCGCACCUUCGCCAGCCAGGGAGACCCGCCCUGGUGCCCCCUGCUGGAGGGCGAGAACCACUGCAGCAAAGUGCGACGCUCCUCUCACUCUCUGGCCACUGACAUGUUCGAACAGCACCUGGGAGCACACCUGCUACAGUCUCUGGACGGCUUUGUGUUUGUGGUAAGCUCAGAGGGACGAUUCCUCUACAUAUCAGAGACUGUUUCCAUCUACCUGGGCCUCUCACAGGUGGAGUUGAUGGGCAGCAGUGUGUUUGACUACAUUCACCCAGCGGACCACGUGGAGAUGGCAGAGCGUCUGGGCAUCAGACCCCACCUGAGGGCCGAGGCUGGCUGCCACGUGGCUCCCGAGAGCGCUUCCAGCUCUGCCUCCACAUCCUCCCUGGCAGGGACCCCCGAGCCUGCCCCCUCAAGCCCUCUCUCUCCUGGGAACGAACCUCCUGACCGAGGUUUCUUCAUUCGUAUGAAGUCCACCCUCACCAAGAGAGGCCUCCACGUCAAGUCCUCGGGCUACAAGGUCAGAGUGAUCCAUGUGACCGGGCGAAUCCGCUGUCGCCCUGCCAUAAUGCCAGGCUCCGCCCGCUCGGUGCGUCGGCCAAUGGGCUUGGUGGCCCUUGCGCACACUCUCCCUCCCUCCACGCUGAACGAGGUGCGCAUGGAAAGCCAGAUGUUUGUCUUCCGGGUCAACAUGGACCUGCAGGUCACCUACUGUGAGAACAGGAUCUCAGAGUACAUGGACCUGAGCCCAGCAGAGGUGGUGGGACACACCUGCUACCACUUCAUCCACGUAGAAGACCUUGAUAACAUCAGACAGAGCCAUGAGGACUUGUUGAGGAAGGGUCAGGUGGUGACAGGGUACUACCGUUGGCUCCAGAGGAGAGGGGGUUAUCUGUGGGUCCAGUCCUGUGCCACCGUCUCCAUCAACCACAAAGCCCCCCACGAACGCAACGUCAUCUGGGUCAACUACGUCACCAGUCGGACAGAGCUCCCAGACACUCCCCUGGAUCUGCUGCAGCUCCCAGAGAGCCUGAGGGCGGAGCGUCUGAAAGCCAGCUACUCCCCUUCGGAACACUCGCCACAAGCCCGGGGUCCACAGCCAAUGAAAAGCUCUAUGUGUAAAGGUGACCCUGACUCUAAACUGAGAGAGAUCUAUAAUCCCGGCAUCCAAUCUGGGGACAGGAGGAAGCGUCCGCUGCGGUCUGACUCUGAAGGUGCUCCCCCGGAAACGCGGCGUCGCCUGGAAGAGUUUCGCCAGAGAGAGGGGAGUGUGUCAGCCUCCUCUGACCUGGGCAGUGAGAGUGAGGGAGAGGAAAGAGAGUGGGAGCAGGGGGGAGACAGCGGGAGGGUCAAACGAGAGGGGCCUUCGAAACGAGGCGUGGAGACCCCCAUGGGGUUCGAGAGGGGUGGCAGGGUGCACAACAGCCGUGCGGUAAUCCAGCACCUGAAGAGUGUAGUGUCCUCGCCUCUCUCUGGCCCCCCCAACAUCAAGACUGAACAUGAGGCACUGGCCACAGGGGGCCGCUGGACACACACCUCCUCACACACACAACCCCCACCCUCACACACACACACCCCCUGUGGCAGCCUGAACGGCGACAGUCCCCCCACCCCUAUCCCAGACUCCUCCUCCAGCAGUGAAGCCCCACCCAAAGGUAUUUUCACCCCGCCCUCCCCCGCCAUGUCCCCUCCCAUGUCCGGCUCCUCCCCUCUACCCUGUGAAGAGCGGGGCAUGUUGUCUGGAGGCCGGGGGGGCGGGCCUGACUUUGAGCUAUUGCAGAGACUGGCAGCGGGGGGUGCUGCAGGACGGGUGCUGUUCCACCCCCUGGCCCUCGGCCCCCAGGGGCCACAGAGCCUGUACGCCCCCAGUACCAUCCGCUAUGCGCCCCCAGAGCUUCCCCACUCCCACCCCGGUGCUGAGGGGCUGCGCUCCGACCACCACAAGGGCCCCCCAGCCUUCUUCCCCCACCUCCAGAGGCUGGCCGGCCUGCCCUCCUUCAGUGGGUUCUCCGCCUCAGACAAUCCCUUCAACCCCUUCUGUAUGAACGGACUGAGGGGGGCCGCAGGGUCCGAGGAGGACUGAAAGAGAGGAGGGGCUAGAGAGAGACAUGGGGGCAGGACAUUGGGUCAUGUGGGGUUGGGAAACUGAACAAAGGACCAUUUGCACAGCUUCCAUGGGGAGUCAGAUGGUGUCCAACACAGGUGACAGGAUGUGUGACACUCAAAGUGGACUUUGACACUUGACUUUACCCUACUAGCUGUCCAAGCUUUGUCCCCCCUCUCUGCUCUACCGUAUCCUCUCUCCACUGCUGUUAUAUGACUGUGCAGUGUUCCGUGUCUCUUUCUUCCACUCAGAAAAGCCAUAUUGUACAUAGAGACAGGACCAUACAUACCUUCACUAAUCCAUCCUCAGUAUCAUAACAACUGUUCCUGAGCCUGUCAGACUGACUUCUGUGUGAAUGAAAAAAAGAGAAACUUGUUUGUGUGAAAUACUGAAUCAUCUCUUAAACAGAGUUAGAAAUUAUACUCAGACACAAUAGUGGAAAUAUAGAGGUCUGAGCAAAUCUCAUGGAUGCCCAAAAUAAUAUUUGAACACAUCUCGGGUACUCCUUCCUUCCAUUAUGUGAACCCUGCUGAAGAGGGUUUGAAACAGUGAAAGCACAGAGAGUGAGAGUCCCUGAUACAUUCCAUUCCACUCUGAGACUGUUCUGUCAUGAUGUCGUCUGGGAAAGAAAGGUAUGGGAGGGGGAGGAACAAUACCUCUACUGGCUGGUCACUUUGUAAUGUUUUCAGUCUUGUAAAAACUGAAAAUGGUCCUACAGAAUGAAGUGUUGUGAAAGUUAAUGACGCUGUGCUGUGUAUGAGAUGAAAGCCAUAUUCCUAUUAUAUUGUCAUGUUGUUGCCAUAGGGUGAAGUGGGAGGGGUGUAAAAACUAUUAUUUUACUAGAGGACAUACUUUGGGAAAUGCCACAGAUUAAUCCAGAAACCCUCAACAAAUGUAUUAGAA